GGAUUGCAUAAGGUUUUAUGGGUGCGCCUAAUAAAACCUAUCAGAUCAAUUUGACUCUGAGAAUCUCAGAAGCUUCUUGUUUAACGAUUCAUAAUUUAUGCAUUUUCUGUUUCUGCACCUCUCGCCCAUCCUCUUAACAUUUUCUUGGACUGAAGCCCGGAAGCAGUUAAAUCAGUUUAUAACAAAAGUUACUACAAGUCAAAGUAAGUUAGGGGUUCCUGCAGCCUCCUGCUCUGCUGCUGUAAUCUGGCUGAUCUCUGGCCUCGGUCCAGUCGGAGGACUCAGAGAACUGAUUGCGUCACAGGAACACCCCUGUUAUGUGGGAACCACGUUAUUGUAGCGGCCGCAGGCUUCACAUUAAACUCCAUUCAGUCUGGGGGAUUUGCGGCGUUGCGCCUUCAUGCUGCUAGAGCUAUUGUGCAACUGUUUUCUUAACCUCUGGUACCUGUCCAUUCCGAGGUUGGCUAAGAUGAAUGACGCCUUAAUGAACUGCUUUGGCCUCCUGCAAGAUUUGCCCCUUUGGACUGAAUCAUAAUCCUCCAGGUCUAGUUAAAGUUCACGAUAAAAACCCCUAGUCAUGGUUGCACUGCAUACAGCCUGUGAGCGGAAGGAGAGUUUAGAGCUCUGGUCUGAUUGUGGACUUAUAGUUAAAUAAAUUUGAUGACACAGUUUCAGCGUUCUGGCAGGAAGAGGCCAAGGGGUCACUCCAGGCCUCCGUCCUCCAUGCCUGCUUCCCCAGGCUUCACCCGACUGGAGCACGAUGAGCCUAUGAAUGCCCUGCGUAUCACUGUAGGAGGCCUCCCCAUGCUGGGCUCCAUGGCCAACGCCACUGACCCCCGUUUCCGCCUCAAGUGGAGGCCCAUCGUGGCUGUGGCCUUCUCCCUGGCCUUGCUCCUGCUGCUCCUCAUGCACUUGAGCUCAGGCUUGCGCUCCCGCUCCCUCAACUCACAAGGCUGGCGAGCCAGUCGCAGUGACAACCGGCCGUCCGACUCCAGUUACAACGACACCUACCCUCUCAGUCCGCCUGAGCGCACGCCACAGGGAACCCGCUACCGCAUUGGAGUCAUUGCCGACCUGGACACAAGCUCUCGCAGCGACAAGAAGCUGACGUGGUUCAGCUACAUGCGGCGGGGGUACCUGCUGGUGUCCCAGAGCGGUGACAAGGUGGCAGUUGAAUGGGAUGCCGACAGGGUGGUGCUGGAAAGCCACCUGUCGGAGAAGGGCAGGGGUAUGGAGCUGUCCGAGCUGGUGGUGUUCAACGGGAAACUCUACAGCGUGGAUGACAGAACGGGUGUAGUCUACUACAUUGAUGGUGACAAAGCUGUGCCCUGGGUCAUCUUACCUGACGGCGACGGCAGCGUUGCCAAAGGGUUCAAAGCUGAGUGGCUGGCAGUGAAAGACGAGCAUCUGUACAUUGGCGGUCUGGGGAAGGAGUGGACCACCACUGAGGGCGAGUUCGUCAACAACAACCCAGAGUGGGUGAAAGUAGUCGGCUUCAGAGGGGACGUACAACACGUGAACUGGGUGCCCAGGUACAAAUCUCUGAAGUCUGCUGCGGGGAUAGAGCCUCCAGGUUAUCUUAUCCACGAGUCCGCAGCGUGGAGCGACACCCUGCAGCGCUGGUUUUUCCUCCCUCGCCGCGCCAGCGAGGAGCGCUACGAGGAGACGGCAGACGAGCGUCGCGGCACGAACCUCGCCCUCAGCUGCUCGCCAGAUUUCAAAGACAUCAUUGUAAGUCGAGUGGGUCCUCUUAACCCCACUCACGGUUUCUCCUCCUUCAAGUUUGUCCCCAACACGGACGACCAGAUCAUUCUGGCACUCAAGUCAGAGGAAGACGCCGGAAAUAUCGCUACAUACAUCAUGGCCUUCACACUUGACGGACGCAUCCUUUUACCUGAAACCAAGAUUGGGGAUGUGAAAUAUGAGGGCUUGGAGUUCAUAUAGAGGGCUCAGAGACCGAGGGACUCGCUCUUGAGGCCACUGCACUGUGGUUCUAUUUUGUUUAUAAUCCAGUCACUGUUGAAGUUGAUGUUCUUGCUGCUUCCUCAUUGAGUCUGUGAAAGACACAUCUCCAGCCCUUAAAGGAUCACCUUCAGUAGAAACAGAAGAACUGUGGGCUGAGACUUUGAAGUGUGGUCCUGUUUUGGUUUUCAAGAAAGUGCCAGUCAAACCAAACAAUGCCAGCAUGUCUUGUGGUGCAUCAUCUCCUUCCCAGGCCAAAUGUGGCCCUCAUCAGUACUGUAGCCUUUCUUAGUAUGAAUGUACAAAUGACUGAUUUAUCAGAAUGUGAUUCCCCCCCCCCCCACUAAAGCAUACAUUUUUAUGGACAUAAUGUACACUCUCAAAAGGUCAAAGGUUUUUUCCCCUUUGCUACAUGUUGAACAGCAUCUUUCUGUACAUACCAAACAUGUUACUUUCAGUGGAAUAACAAAAUGUCGGUUUUUAUUCUUCAUAAAAAUCAAAGAUAUUUGAAGGACUUUGUGGUGAAAAUGAAUUAUACUGUAUGCAAUGUUUUUUUGAGUGUGUGUGUGUGUGUGUGCGUGGGGGGGCUGACUGAGUAAAAUCUUGAUUGCUAUUUUCUGAGUCUUGUCAUGGA